CCACAUUCUUGGCACUGAAGGACACUUUGUGUUCAGGGUCACCCUCACCACUUUAUCAAGGGAGGAAUAGAGGCAGGAAAGAGUGAGGUAUACGCAGACAGACAGACAGACAGACAGUGGGAGGAAAUACUGAGAGGUGAGACAGCAAGAUUGAACGAGAUCUUCAAGGAGAGAGAAAGACAGGUAGACAGAAAAGGAAGUGGGAUAUAUCCGUCCUACAGAUCUUUGACACCCAGAGGACUUCACCUGUUUCUUUUAAGAAAGCGUGCCAGUUGGGGGGUUACCAUGGAAACCAGGACGGUGAUGCAGCGGGAGCAGGAGGAGCAGUCGUCCAAGAUGUCUCACAGCAUGCAAUUGUCCUCUCAUAUCAAGAAGAAGACCUUCACUUCCAGUGAUGAGGAAGCCUCCUACUGCGAUUUCUAUCCCAUCAUCCCUGCUGACCUGAUGUCCGUCAAGGAGAUCCUGAACAUGGACAAUUUCCCUCGCCACAGGACAUGGGAAAUCCUGAAUGAAACUCUGGAUGCUGAGGAAGAGUAUCACAGAGACCAGUGGACCAUGUUUGGGAACGAGGCUGAAAAGGUGGAGCUGGACGUGAUCAGGAACCAGCAUGUGUUACGCAGACGCGUUGAUAAAAUGGCCAUUCGCAAGCAGGCAGAAAAGAAGGCAUCUGCCCACUUGAAGUACCUGGAGCAUCUGAGUCAGAAGGCCCCAGACUUCCCAAUCCCCCUGAGAGCUCACACUGUCUGGGAGGGCAUGACGGUCACACUCUCCUGUACCAUCCAGGGCUGUCCACCCCCAAAGGUCACAUGGUAUAAGGAUGGUGUGCCACUGAGAAUGUCUGACCAACCAUGGAAUUACAGUCUUCAACAAACAUUUGGUCUAAACUCACUGGAGAUCAGAAGGUGCUCUCCUGAUGAUGCUGGCGAGUAUAAAGUGGUAGCCAAGAGUCUCCUGGGGGAAGCUAUGACAUUUGGAACACUUCUGGUGAACUCAUAUCAAGGAGCCGUGGCUGGUUCAGAGCACUCGCAGACCCCCGCCUUGAAGCUUGAGCAAGAAGCCCAGUUUGGCAGCACCUUUCCCCCAACAUGGGUGAAGGAGGGUGACAGCCUCACCCUGCAAUGUACCUUCACCUCAGCUCUGCUGCCCUUCCAGCAGGAUGUCAGUUGGUUCAGAGAUGGCAUCCAGCUUUAUCAGUCUAGCACUUUGGAGAUUAAGACAGUCGACAAUGAGGCCUCCAUCACUUUAAAGGUUGCACAGAAGGAUCAUGAAGGUGUUUACACUGCCCGACUGAGGACCUGGGAUAAUAUCCAGGAACACAGUGCUUUCGUCUACGUCAAAGAUGCAUCAGCUGCAGUGGUGGGAGGCCCCGCCUCUCCUCUGGGCGUCCAGGUAUCAGACGUCAACAAGGACUACGUCUUCCUUACCUGGCAGCCACCUAGUGCUGAUGGAGCCUCAGCUGUAGAAGGUUAUUAUGUGGAAAGAUAUGACCUCGGUCAUGGUAAGUGGGUGCGCUGCAAUGUGCAUAUUCAGAAAAUGUGCUACUACCCAGUGUGUGGGCUAAAGGAAGGAACUCUGUACCAGUUCAGAGUUCGUGCUGUUAACCAGGCUGGAGCAGGGCGUCCCUCCAUGGCUACAGAGCCCGUCCUCACUGCAGACCCCCUGGAACACACCAGGACCAUGGUGGUCAAAGUAGACAGAGGGAGGAUGAUCACCAUUACAAAAGAUGAACUCGAAGGUCAGGUCAAAGCUCCUUUCCCUCCUACAAAUGUCCACGCCUGCGAGGUGAGCGACACCUACGUGGUGCUGAGCUGGGCCGAGCCUGAACCCAGAGGCAGGGAGCCGCUCACCUUCUACGUGGAGCGGUCCCUGGUAGGGAAGAGCAGCUGGGAGCUGGCCAGUCUGGACAUGAUGGUAAACUCUCCCAGGUUCCCUGUGUUUGACCUGGUCAAAGGCAAGCAGUACUGCUUCAGAGUGCGCUCCAUCAACAAGUACGGUGUCAGCGACCCUUCUGAGCCGAGUGCACCCAUCUCCUUGGGAAAGCCACAAGUGGUGCCAGCUCCACCUCACUCUGUCAUGGCCAUCAGAGACACCGACACCUCGGUGCUGCUCCAGUGGAAGGAACCCAAAGAAAAAGACGACAUCCAGGGCUACUACCUGUACUACAGUGAGAGUGGUAAACAAGACUGGAAGACUGUCAACAACAAGCCUGUUAGCAAAACCAGAUUUACAGUCCAUGGCCUCAAGAACCGAAGGGAAUAUGUGUUCAGGGUGAAGUCUGUGAGCCGAGCAGGAAACAGCAACUAUUCAGAUGAGUCUCGUCCCAUUCUCGUCAAAUCGGCCAUUUCUGUUCCCUCGGCUCCCUCUGCCAUCGCCCUGCUGCUGUGCACUGCAUCAGAGAUGGUGUUGGGCUGGAGGGCCCCCGCAUGUAACGGGGGAGACCCUGUACGUGGAUACUACCUGGACCAGAGAGAAAAGGGCAUGGAUACGUGGAGAGAGGUCAACGUUAAGCCCACCAAAGAAAGGCAGUUUAAAGUUUGCAACCUGACUAGUGGACACUUCUACCAUUUCCAUGUGUUUGCUGCCAACAUGGCUGGCGUCGGGAAGCCCUCUGAAGCCAGUGAAGCUUUCCUGUGUGAGAAGUGGACGAUGCCAGAGCCAGGUUGCCCCUGUGAUGUGGAGUUCAGGGAGGUGAGAAACAACUCCCUGGUGCUGCUGUGGGCGGCUCCGUUGUACGAAGGACGGAGCCCUGUCACUGGCUAUUUGCUGGAAAUCAGCCAGGGUGGCGAAUCAGACAACUGGACUGCUUUGAAUGAAAGGCCAAUCUCUGACACCCAUUACAAGGUGUCAGGUCUUCAGGCAGGUCAGACCUACCGUCUCCGUGUGUCGGCUGUCAACGAGGCUGGAGUCGGCCGAGCUUCCCUGCCCACGGAGCCAGUCACAGCUCAGACCAGACCAGGUGCCAAAGACAUUGAGAUUGGAGUUGACAACGAUGGUUUCAUAUUUCUGGGCUACGAGACUGAUGAGAGGGAUGACGAGAACAUGUUUCUGUGGAGCAAAAACUACACCGAGAACAUCGACGUCAGGAGAACUCGUGAAGAAACCAAAAAGAACGGGUCGGUCCUCACCUUCACAGACCCCUCUGAGGAGGAUCUGGGUCUCUACACAGUGGAGAUGAGCGACAACCCAAACCUGUCGUCCAGCUACGACUUCACCGCUGAAGACCUUAAGCGACUCAAAGAACUCAGCUGGCAAGUCAGAAAUCCAUUGAUAGCUCUGAAGUCGGGCUGGCAGGUGGACGUUUCUGAGAAAGGCGACGUACGUCUUUGGCUUCAGACUGAGAGUCUGAGUAACGCUGCUGAGCUCCGUCUCAUCUUCAAUGACCGAGAAAUCACCAGCACUCCGCACCGUAAGAUCACCUUCGACAAGGCCAAAGGUCUGGUGGAGAUUCUGUUGGAGCAGCUCUCUCAGGAGGACGAGGGCCAGUAUACGGCUCAGCUGAAGGACGGCCGCGCCAAGAACCAGUUCACUUUGGUCUUUGUGGAUCAAAAGUUUUGUGAGACGCUGGCCCUGGCUGAUAAAAACCGACGUGACCAACAAAGAAAGUCUGGGCCGUAUUUCCAGGAAUACUUGUCGUGGAGUGUAAAUGAGGAUUGUGAACUGAUUAUAAAGUGCAAGGUGACAAACACAAACAAGGACACGUCACUCAAGUGGUUUAAAGAAGGCGUGGCGGUGACCCAACUUGUGUAUGAGCAGUCAUCAGGGGUCAGCACACUCACCAUCCCACAGGUUACCAAGAAAGAGGCAGGUUCAUACAGAGCUGUGGUGUCAGAUGGGAGAGGAGAGGAUGUCAGCGUCUUAGAGUUACUGGAUGACGAGUAUGACAAGCUUCUCCAGCAGCUGAGUAAACAGUGUGCAUUGUCUGCCAGCCCACUGAAGAUUCACAGCACCGCUGAAGGUUUUAAGCUCUACUGCUCACUCAAAUACUAUAUAUGCUACAUGAAAACCAGCUGGCACUUCAAGGAGAAGAGGAUUGACCAGGAAGCCAGGACAAAGCCUGGCAGCAAUAUGCAGAAUGUCUGGAUUGAAAUCUUUAACCCAACAGAGAAUGAUAAAGGCAAAUACACCUUGGAGAUGUUUGACGGCAAAGAGACACACAAACGGUAUCUUGACCUGUCUGAACAAGUCUUCGCUGAUGCCUUGCUGGAGUACCAGAGGUUAAAAAAAGCGGCUAUUGCUGAGAAAAAUCGAGCCAAAGUGACAAAGGGUCUUCCUGAUGUGGUAGCCAUCAUGGUGGGCAAGUCUUUGUGUCUGACGUGCUUCAUUGAUGGUGAACCAACCCCAGAGAUCGUCUGGCUUCGGAACGACAAGGAGAUUGUUAACGAGACCCAUUUUACCCUCACUAAGGAGCCCAAGUGCAGCACUAUCAACAUCAACAACGUCAACCUGGAAGAUUCUGGAAAAUACAGCAUCUUUGUGUGCAACCAGUAUGGCUCUGAAACGGUUGAUGUGACAGUGAGCGUUUACAUGCAUGGGGAGAAGCCUCCAGCCCAUGCUGUUUUGAUGGGCUAAGACUGCAAACUGAGUCAGAAAUGAGGGAUUUUUUAUGCUUCAGCUUGAGAUUUGUAUGCAUAGAGAGAAAGAUGAAAAUGAAGGUGGAUGGAGAGAUAGCUAACGUUAGGAAUGAUGCUUGAUUGUUCAUGUAGUAGGAAACUUUAUUGAGCAUGAAGGAACUUUACUGAGCUUUUGAAAAAUGCCCAAUGAGGUUUAAUCAAAAAUGUAAUCCCCUAUAGUCUGCAAACUGUCUAUAUCAUUUAAAUACCCUAUUAGACAGUGUAUGCCAUAAACAUGUCAUGCUCAGGCUUCUCCUGUGAUGGAGUUGCAGAAUUGCUAGGUCCUGUUAGUCAAACUUAUUAAGCUGACUUCAUGGACGUUUCAUAUAAAGAUGGUUUCUUUAAUAAAGUAAGACUAUGUAACUUCUAAAAUAAGAAAUUGCACCAUUUUCCUCUAACAAAUGACUGAAUUCAUAAGCAGGAAAAUGCACCAUUAAUCGAUUCAUAACACUCAGAGGAUUUGCUGCUGGACUUACUUGGGGUGGCAGUAGCUCAGUCCGUAGGGAGUUGGGUUGAGAGGGUCACUGGUUCAAGUCCCCAUACAGAGCAAAGUACAGAUCAUUGAUUGGUACCUUGUUCACUGCUUCGGUAAAUAGGACGGACCUUAGAUACAACUUUCCACGCUUGGCAGCAGGAUAUAUUUCUAGUCUGCUCAGCUCAUAGAACCCUUUGGCUUAGCUACAAGCCAGAAAGCUAACAUUAUGCUAGAGAGAUUCAAAGUCACAAACAUUGUGUACAGUUAAAAAUUUCAUAUAAAAAUAAAGUAAAUUAAAUAUAAUUUGACAGUAUGUUUACCAACAAGACAAGCUAACUAUCCAGCCAGCCAUGUCAUUUUCACCAAAUUAAUAAAGACCUUCACGAACAAAUUAUACGCAAUGUGUACUGUCGGCCGCAGCCUGAAAUCAGUAGCGAGUUGAACAGCGAACACAAUAAUGUGAGAUGAUCACUGUGAAACAAAGUCAGUGUACUUCUUGGAGCUUGUGUGUUUGCGCCAUCCUGUGGUGUUCAGAGGACGAGGCACUGAUGGACUACACUAAGUGUUGAAAAUAUUCAGAUUUUAUUUUUCAUUUACUGUAGCACAUUCAUUUAGAACGGUUUAAUGGACACCCUGCAGCCAAUCAGAAUUGAGUAUUCACCCAGACUCAUGGUAUAAUUCCUGAUAAUGGACACCUCGUUGGGCAAUUAACCCUUAUGUAACAGACAUGCCAAUUUGCUGACUUUGACUCUUCUCUACUUGUGCUACUGUUACAUUACAUUUAUUAUUUACCCUUAUUAUUGUCUUUUGUUUUUAAGUUCACUAAGCACCUGUCAUAACGAAAACUGCAAAACCCUCAGCUACUAAAGCUUUUGGUGAAUCAGAUGUGUCAUUUGUUUGUGUUGUGAAUAAAGCAAUUUUAAGCUA